UAACUGGACAGGACGCACAAUGGAUGUGUGUGAACUGAUCUAUGCGGUGGUGGAGGUGCUCAUUGCUCUCAGCUGCUGUCUGGGUAAUAUACUGGUUAUUUUGGCCCUGUGGAUCAGUAAGAGCAUUAAACAGCCCACCUACUGCCUCAUCGUCUCUCUGGCUGUGGCGGACUUAAUGGUUGGCUUCGUAGCCAUACCAUUGGCUGUGUUGGUGGAUGGAAAAGUGAACAUUUCAUUCCACGGCUGCCUCUUCAUCAGCUGUGUGGUGAUCCUGUUGACUCUAGUCUCAGUUUUGUGUCUUGCGGCUAUUGCAGUGGACCGUUUCCUCCGGGUGUUUGUUCCUCUCAGGUACAAAAAGACAGUCACACAGAGACAUUCUUGGUUUGUGGUAGCAGCAUGUUGGCUUGUUGCAAUACCACUGAGUUUUGCACCUAUGCUUGGAUGGUACAAACAAAACCCCUUGCCUGAGUCAGCCAACUCUACAAAUGUCUGCCGGUUUAUAGAUGUGAUCCCCAUGUCAUAUCUCGUCUACUUUAACUUUUUCAUCUGCACACUGAUACCUCUGUUGAUUAUGGCUGUGUUGUACGGCUACAUCUUCAUUACCAUUCGAGGAAACCUUCGAGUGAAACCAGGCAACGGUGUCCAAACACAGUCUUACAACUACCUGAAGAAAGAGAGGCAGCUAGCAGGAUCUCUGUCUCUGGUCUUGGUCUUGUUUGCCAUGUCCUGGCUCCCGCUCCACAUCAUGAACUGCAUUGCUUACCUUGGUGGGGAGAAUAUUGUACCAAUACCAGCCUUCUAUGUUGGCAUUGUGCUUUCUCAUGCUAACUCGGCUGUAAACCCAGUUGUGUAUGCGUUCAAAAUAAAUAAGAUCAGGACAGCAUACCUGCAGAUCUGGCAACAGUGUAUUGUAUGUAGAGCAGAAAAUCAAGGCUGUCAGAUGAGCCAGACAUCAGACAACAAUCUCAGCAACAACUCUUCUGCGCCAUGUUCAAUUAUCAAAAUUACUGUUAAGGGUGUUUAA